AUGUUGAGCUGGCAGCUGGCGCUUCUACUUACAGAUCUGCUCGUUCCGGUCGAUGUGCCCGGACACGAACAGGACCCCCGGUCUCCAGGUUCACCUCAGAUACGGGCUGCGGGAGUUGGGAACACUUGGAACCGGCGCGAGGCCAGUUUGGUCAGGUCAGCCCCAGGUCCUCCGCGAUGGUUUCCCCGUGUGUUGCCGUGUUCUGCCUCCUUGGGACCGAUUACGGAUCUGCCCCAAAGACCGUUGCGUAAGGCACAGCGCGAGGCACAGCAGCGAGCAUCACGGCCAAAGCUCACGGUGUCAACAAGCAGAAACAACGGCGCGUCACUGCGCACUGCCGUGUCCACAGUCCUGUGCUGCGCGGGCCCAUCUGACCGAGUCCAAACACCGUACACAUCUCCCGUACAUCCACUCUGUAAAGCUCUGCUCCUGUCUCCGCGGUGA